UUAGGAUCGACGCGCUCGUACACGCCCCUCAAAGUGGUGGGGGAUGGCUCGUUCGGCACAGUCUGGUUAUGUGAUUGGCAUGGGCCCUUACCCCCCAAUACUCCACUAUCCGCCAUGCAGUGCGGUGCCGGCGCAAGGCCGGAGUGGACCGGCAAGAGACUCGUAGCUGUGAAACGGAUGAAGAAGAAGUGGGAGGGUGGAUGGGAGGAGUGCAGAAAGUUAAAGGAGCUUGAGUCUCUACGUGCAAUCCCAUAUCAUCCAAAUAUCAUACCCCUCUACGACGCCUUCCUGCUGCCUACGUCGAAGGAGCUGUACUUCGUUUUCGAAUCCAUGGAGGGGAACUUGUACCAGCUCAUCAAAUCACGCAAAGGUCGCCCCCUUGCUGGCGGCUUGGUUUCAUCCAUUUUCAAGCAAGUGGUCUCCGGCCUUCAUCAUAUCCACGCCUCCGGUUACUUUCAUCGGGACAUGAAGCCGGAGAAUCUUCUGGUAACGACGACGGGUUUGUAUGACUAUACACCUGUAUCACCUGUCGCCCCACCAAAUGCGCCGAUGGAGAAGGACGUGGUGGUGAUUGUCAAACUUGCAGAUUUCGGCUUGGCUCGCGAGACCAAGUCGAAACCUCCCUACACCGAAUACGUGUCUACUCGGUGGUAUCGAGCCCCCGAAGUCCUCCUACGGUCUCGGGAUUACUCCAACCCCGUGGAUAUGUGGGCGUUGGGAACGAUCAUGGCAGAGUUGGUCAAUUUACGGCCGCUUUUCCCAGGUCAGGGAGAGAUUGAUCAGGUUGGGAGGAUAUGCGAAGUGCUUGGUGACCCAGCAGGGGAUUAUGGUCACGAUGCUAGAGGGAAAUCUAUCGGUGGCGGUCGGUGGGCUCGGGGUAUAAAGAUGGCGAAAUGCGUGGGCUUUGCUUUCCCCAAGGUUAGUGUCUGGUUCAGAUAUGCCUGCGACGUCAGCGGCUAUGCGGUCCGGCUGCCGGUUACCUUGGGUUUGCCGUGCACUUACGUCUUUCCCAACAGGUCCAUCCUAAAGAUAUCUAUGCCCUCUUUGACCGAUCUGUCCCUGUCAAGCUUGUCGACUGUAUCGCGGAUUUACUGA